AUUGACUCAAAACUUAUGGCGUAUGGGCCUAUAAGUACGUUAUACAUGUAUGUCCUGCUACAGAACACCUAAAAGUAUGGUGUGUUCCUAUAACGAGAAUUUUAUGCAAGAAUGAUCUAGGAUGUUUAAUAUCUUACAGUAUUUUUUCAAUAACUAUUUUUGUUCCAAAUGUAUACCUCUUUAAAGCAGAAAGGAUACUCAUUUUUAUGUUUAUCUCCCGAAACACGAACACCUUGAAAAUUAACCUUGCCUUACUUUAUUACUCCGAAAUCUUAUUUCACACCUGUUUUCAUGAACAUCCAAUUUUCAACAUCACGUCCAAAACUAUUAAUCCAGCGAUGGAUCUGGGGGGGGGGGGCGGCAGCGGCAAACGGAGCCCCCUGCCCCCGCCCCCCAAUAAAGGUCAAAGUUUACUUUUUAUUUCAAUAAAGGAGAAAAAAGUAAUAAUAUACGCCCAAAAUGCAUCAUGUCGGAUUAGAAAUAGUUUAAAUUUUCUUGAGGGAAUACCCCCGAUACCCCGUGCCAACACUUUAAACCAAAUAAGUUUCAUUUCUGAGGGAGGGGCGCAAGUCAAAAGGUUACGCCCCUAAGUUACGCCCCCUCUAACGUCGACUCCUGGAUCUGCCCCCGAUAACUGGUUUAUAUAGCACAUAACCUUCAACCAGUCUUCUGUAUUUCAGUGUAUACUAUUCCCUAGAGUGACACUACUAUCUCAAAUAUCGUUCCGAUCAUUCUUAUACAUAAUCAUUCUCCGGAACGGGGCCGUCUUGUUUUGUAUUGAUAAUUUAAAAUUAUACAUACUCUUAAAUAUGCUUUUGUGAGAGAAAAAAGUCGUACAUUCAGUAAUGUACAUUAUUCUUUCACUUAUAAAUGUGAGCGGUUUUUUUUUGCUUUCUCAGUCAAAAUAAACUUGACUGCUGACGUAGAUUAUAGUUUCACUCAAGGACGUUUAUCAUAACCGAGUUACAAGGGAGUAUUUUAUACAAGCGAUACUAAAAAACUAGGUUAAAGCAAACAUCUAGUUAUACAGUGAAUGAAUGUUAAAUAUUUCCUCAUUAUAUAACUGGAGCAUGAGGACAUUUCAGUUUGUCUACGAAAUAAACGCAUUCUAAAGUGGUAUUUGGUUAUUUAAUAAAUGCUACAGUAAUUUAAGACAUAUCUACCUUUUUUAAUUGUGAAUACACGAUACGAUCAUUUAUUUUUAAACACUGGUUGUGUCUUAAAUCUUAAAGGAUUAAGUAUAUACCGACAAUUCGAAUCAUUAGCAUAAUUACUGCAUUGUGAAGACGGAAGAAAACAGACGGAAAUGGCACGAGAAAUAAUGAGAACGAAAGCCAAAUGGUGCGAACACGCGGAACGGUACGAUGACAUGGUGAACGAGAUGAAGGCGCUCGUGGACGUCUCCAGCAAGGAUGAGCCGCUGGACGAAGAAGAAAGGAACCUGUUGUCCGUGGCUUACAAGAAUGUUGUUGGGGGUCGACGGUCCUCCUGGCGGGUCCUUAAUGCGAAGUUUGGCGAGGAUCUGAAGGAGCGGCAGCGGGCGCUUGUCGAGGCCAUGAAGAAAAAGGUAGAGGACGAGCUCGUGGGUCUAUGCAGUGACGUCAUCCGUCUCCUUGACGACAGGCUUAUUCUCCAACCGGAGAACGUGCAGGCCAAAAUCUUCUUCCUCAAGAUGAAGGGCGACUAUCAUCGCUAUAUGGUGGAGAUCGCUGCAGACGACGCCGCCAACCGCGAAACGCUCAUCAAAACCGCCGAGAAAGCCUACCAGGAGGCAAUGGACAUUGCAACGGAGAAACUCCCUUCAACUAGUCCAAUUCGCCUCGGCCUCGCUUUGAAUUACUCGGUGUUCUUUUAUGAAAUCAAAAGCAGUCCGAAUGAAGCUUGCGAUCUAGCAAAGAAGUCGUUUGAUGAGGCGAUUGAAGGCCUUGAAAACGUCUCGGAGGAUGUUUAUAAAGACAGUACAUUGAUUAUGCAGCUACUUAGAGACAAUCUAACUCUCUGGCGCUCAGAACUCGACGAUGAUGAGGAACAACAGGACACGGGCGAUGACUGAUACAAACGACAAUGCAUUCGGAGCACCUCAAGCCAAUACUACGAGCAACGCCAACAUCAACUUCAAGUUACUUUAUCUUCCCGUGCAGAACUCACUGCCAACAAGCUUAAAAUAAAAAGAAAAAAAAACAUAAAGAAACAUUUUGCUGAUUUUUUUUUGUGUUCAUGAGGAAGAAACAGUUUUACAUAUUAACGGAGACUAACGGGAUUAUCCGAAGUGUUCCGAAAUUUCGUUGCAGAGUUGUCAUUCUUGCCUCGUUCCCUAUUGUUCAUAAUUGUGUUUUGUUUAAUAAAUAAUUAUGUAGUUUG